AACAUUCGAAAAGAUCGCAGCACAGCAUUCAACGUUUAAAAAUACGGGUUUUUACAAAAACAUCGUGUAAUUCUUUGGGUGACUACAUUCAGCAUGCAACCUAGCUAGCUAGCUUAUGAGUGUGCCACUUUCAGUUUUCUUUCCUUCCUUUUGCUUGAUACAGAUAGCUAGCUAGCUGUCGGUGGCAAGACAAGAUAAGAUAUAAGUUAGUUUUUGAAUGGAAGAUGAUAACUUGGAUGAACGAACCUUAGAGGUGCUCAACAUUCCUGAAUCCAUUCCUGAUGAUCUGCUGUCGCUGUACUUUGAGAGCAAGCGGUCAGGGGGAGGUGCUCUUACCUCUUUGGAUAUACAGGAUGGGAAGGCCACGCUAGUAUUUGAAGAUGCUAGAGAUGCUGCAAGAGUUUGCUCAAAAGGUCCCCACGUCCUUGACGGGGCCACCUUGAUCGUUAAGCAGAAAGCUCCUAACGACCCUCUGAGGUUCCUGCUGUGUGGCCUGCACCCUCGUACCAGCACCGAGCUGGUAGAACUCUACGUGGAGAAUGUCAUCGGAGUGGACUCUGAUGAAUACACACUCUUUCCGUCACCUGAGAAGAACCUGGUCUUAAUCCAGUUUCUCCAACCCCUCUCAGAAGAUUUUCAGAGACUCUGUGCCAAAGUCUCGAAGAGAACCUUGGAUGGAGCGCAUCUCCGCCUAGAGAGGCUGGAAUGCACUGACUCCAUCCUGGUGGAGAACCUUCACCCAAGCACCACAGAGGACAUGCUGAGCUUGUAUUUUGAGAGCGGACGUGGUGGAGGUGAAGAGGUGACCGAUGUCCAAAUGGUGGCAGAGGGCAUCGCCAGAGUCUCCUUCAAGGACUUUGAGUCGGUGAACAAAGUUCUAACAAAACCCCACAAACUGGACAAUUCAGAAUUGAAGGUGAAGCCUUAUUUCACCGUCCUUCUGCCGGAGAACAGUCUUCCAUCCAGUCCCUGUCUUAAUGGAACCUCUAGUUCUGUUCCCAUGGAGAUAGAUCAAACGGCAGUUACCACGACGACCUCUACACACCCGGUCAGCCCAACUGUACAGACAACUCAUCUGAUAGGUGCCCAUGCACAGUUCACCCCACAGACAAGGCCAGUGAGCCUUUCCAGUGCAUCCCCCACCACAUCCCCCACCACAUCAACACCUCAUAGUAUCAGCCAGGCCCAAGAGGUAGGCACUGCUAGUAGAGCAACAGAAGCAGCUGAACUAGCAGCAGCCCCAGCUCCAGUGGCAGCAACGACCCCAGCGACAGCAGCAGCCGUCAGUUUCAAACCCAAGCCAAGUCCGAGGCUGAGUGUCGUGCUUGUGAGCAGCAACGUCGCUGUCUCCGACCCUGUCAAACUUUCUCUGUUGGAGAUGAGCGGUCGGCUGCAGGAGCUCCAGUCAGGUCAUUCCACCUUUAAUCUGAGCGUCACCAAAGAUGGAGUGUCCAUAUCCGGGCCAGACCAGCUCGGGUUGGACAAGCUCAAGAGCUCAGUCUUAGAGUUUCUGGGCGGAAUCGCUCAGUCUCCUUUGCCCCUUGAGCCCCAAAAGGUUGAGUUUUUGGCUAAAGAGGACGUCAAAGCCAAGCUCCUUCAGACACUGAAAGAUCAGGGACUGCUGUCGACGUACACUGUGUCGGAUGGUGUAGCUUUUGUGACGUCUUUGUCUUUUAGUAUGGUCAACGAGGCUUGCAAGUCGAUCAAGUCUCUGAUCUGCAAAUUUACUAUACCAGUACAGAGACACUAUGAGUGUUGCCUCUUCUGCCAAGAAUGGUCUGCCUUCCUCCAGACACUCAACUUCUGCUUGGCUAAAGUGACAGACGCAGGGGAGAACAUCACCGUGGUAACCCUGAAAGGCAUGGAAGAGGAAACACAAACAAAAAUCAUCCUGUUCCUUAGCACCCCUAUCCAAAGAGAAACGGUUAUAUCCAUGGAGCCAGGCAGGUUGAAGUAUCUGCAGAUCCACUGUGGGCAGCUCCUCGCUGAGAUGGACCAGAUCACCCUGUUCCCUCUGGAAACAGGAGAUGGAUUAACUAUCAAUGGUAACGCAGGAGCGUGUCAGAUUGCUGAGGAGAUCCUGCGUGGCGUGGUGGACGAGAUCUGCACCAAGACCAUCACGGUGAGCCAGCCUGGCAUGGCCCGCUUCCUGGUGGAGCAGGAGGGCUCCAGCAUCCUGGCGGAGUUGCAGGCCAAGUUCCAGGUCUACAUCAGCAUGGAUAAGGUCCACUGGGUGCCCCUGGAGGAAGAGGACAUCUUCGAGUCUGGUUGGAAACUAAUGGCCCAACAAAGCUUCCAGAGGAAUGCUGAUGCAGAUGACUCAGCCUCCAGUUCCAAGCCAGCAGCUCUUGUCGCUGAUCAAUCUAUGGAGAGAUCUCGCAUAGAAGAGGCAAAGCAGCUUUUGUCUGGCAUUGAUGACGAGCCCAGUAGUCUAACCUCGCUCAACAUGUCUGAAGAGGAUAUUUAUACAGUCAGUGGAGGAGCAGCCCUUGAUGAACCAGAUGCAUCAGCCAUGCAGACUGAGGCGAGCACCCAGGCGAGCACCCAGGCCAGCCCUCUGACUGGACCUGAAGUUUCACCUCUGGUGCCCGGGGAUGCUGAGCUGGACCUGGCCAGGCAGUUGUCCAUGGAAGCCAUGAACUGCUCCAGCUUGGAUGAUGAUGCCCGGAUGUCUCUUGCCAUACAGUACUCCAUGGAGACCACCAGGAGGUCUGCCUUUGAGGACGAGGACGAGGACGAGCUGCAGAAGGUUCUGGAGCUCUCCUUGAGGGACAUCACAGCAGCUGCUGCUGUCGGCCCAGCCAGGGAAGACUCCCAACUGAAGAAGGCCAUGGAGACAUCCCUGCAGGAUGCCAUACGGGCAGCCAACGUGGCGGAGAUCUUUGUGUUCGCCAACUACACUCACGACCUGAUCCGCACCGAGAUCGCUCUGGGGAAGAAGGCGGGCUUGAGGCAGUGCGAGGAGAAGGUGGGAAGCAAGAACCUGAAGAACCUAACAGCCCAUCACCAGAGGUGCCUGGACCUCGUUAGGAGGAAGCACGCCGUGGACAUACGUGUGGAGGGAACCACGGCGGUCAUCUCUGGUUUUAAAGACUUUGUCGCAGAAGCGGUGCCAACUGUGAAGGACCUCGUGAGGAGGAUGGGCAACGUGACCUCGGACAGAGAUAUACUGAGGGUGGUGCAGUGGGAGUGGCAUGAACAAGGGCCGGCAGCAACAGCCACGCCGUAUCCUCCCGACGCCACUGUUUACCUUGAAAACGCCUGGAAGAUGAAGCAGAAGAAGAUUGAUAUUCUGUUUGACCAUCAGCCUCACAUCAUUGACUUUGAGAAGAUGCAGGAGAUUAAUGUAGCAUCUAGGAAAUCGGUGUCCAUUGCUAGGAAAUUACUCAGCUCACAGGACCUCGCUGUGGUUGUUCCAGAGGAAGAGUUCAGCCUCCUGUCCAGCAUGCCUGAUGUCUCGUGUGUGGAUGAGAGCUCGGACGAGUUCCAGGAUGUAGUGAAAGAGUUCUAUGACAGCAUCGAGGAGUUCCACAACAAAAUCAAGAUCAUUAAAGUGGAGAAGCUAAAGAACUCGCUCCUGUACAACCAGUACAAGCUGAAGAAAGCUAGCAUGCUGCAGAAUGCCACUGACCCCCAGGUGGAGCAGACUCUCUUCCACGGCACCAGUGAGACCAGCGUGAAGGAGAUCUGCGUCCAUGGCUUUAACAGAAGCUUUUGUGGGAAAAACGCCACUGUCUAUGGCCAGGGGGUUUACUUUGCUGUCAACUCUGCACUAUCUGUGUCGGACACGUACUCUCCUCCCAAUGCUGAUGGACACAAGUUUGUGUUUAUGGCCAAAGUCCUGACAGGGGACUACACUGUCGGGAAACAUGAGAUGAAAACUGCACCGUUGAAGGAGUCGUCCGCCAUUCCCCUGCGAUAUGACAGUGUGGCUGAUAAAAUGACAUCACCAACACUGUUUGUCAUCUUUAAUGACACGCAAGCAUACCCAGAGUACCUUGUCACAUGCCAGAAGAUAUAUCGAUGAAUAAUGAGUCAGACCAUUAUGAGAUGCAACUGAUGCCUGUGGCCUGUAUACAGAAAGGGCUUUGCACUACAUUGUCAUAUUAAACAUAAGCUAAUUGGUUUUUUUUAAUUAGCAAUGUAGAAUCUAAUUUACAUUUGUGGUAACUGACUUAUUGCACGUAAGGUGUGUUGUUGAAGUAAUCACAGGCCAUUAACUGAUCACCCAUCCUGCGCAGUAGUAUUUUUUGGACAAUAUCACUGUGCUGUGCAGACACAAAAGUUUAAUUACACAGAUAUAGCAAAAAUGUGAAUUAAAAUAAUCAGAGUCGAAAUCUAAAUCUGAUGUAUAAAUCUGAAAUUGCUAAGUAUAUCUGCAUUAUGUCUUACAUCAAAUUUUGUAUUGUAUUCGUUCGUCAGAAUGAUGAUGCCAUUUGAAAUAAAUGGAUCAACUACAUCA